AUGCGUUCGUUCCUCAUCCUCGGCGCCGCUGCGCUCGCUGCGGCCUCGCCCGCCUCCCCUGCCGUCGACUUUGAUGCUGUCAAGGCAGCUCCGGCCCCUACCGCCACCGGCCCGGCCGUUGGUGUAGCCUCCCAGACCGGUGUCUACAACGCCGCCGCUGCCUCAGCCAGUGCCGUCGCCGCUGCCUCCGCUGUGGCCAGUGCCCAGGCUACUGCGUCCGUGGCUGCUCGAGGCCUCGAGGAGCGCACAUUCUGCUUCUGGCCGUUCAAGUGUGGUUCCCAGGCCAGCGCGGCUACUACUUCCAAGUGCACCACCACCAGCACCCCUCCGGUUGCUCAUUAUCCGACUGCCACUGCUGCGCCUACUACCUCUGCUGCUACGGCCGCUACCACCAGUGCUCCCGCCCCAGUCAUCACUUCUGCCUCUACCGGCGCUGUUGUCCCAUCGACAUGCACGCCUGUCAGCUGGACCAACACCUUCGCUUUCACCAGUGACACUGCCUGCCCGACCCCCUACGAAGUCGGUACCUACUGCGGCUUCAUUAACCCUGAGGACCCCUGCGCUCCCCAGCCUGACGGAUACGGCCCCGUCUCUUCGCCUGACACCGUCGACGCUUUCAAGGCCAACACGGAGCUGCAGCAGGAAGCCUUGACUGCUGCCACCCCCAAGGGAUAUCAGCAAACUUUCCAGGGCCUCACUGCCGCCGUCAGUGCCAACACCUACCUGGGCUUUUACACGCUCGAGAGCUACGACACCCAGACUUGUGCCAACCACUGCGACAGCACCGACCUGUGCACGGGCUUCAACGUCUACAUCGAGCGCGACCCGGCCUGGAACCCGGAGCAGUGCAGCUGCGCCGACCCGACCUCCAUCAGCAAUUACAAGUGCUCGCUCUGGGGCUCAGGCGUCGACUCGGCGGCGGCGACCAACACGGGCGACUACCGCGGCUCGUUCCAGGUUGUGAUCACGGGCUCCAACGGCUACACCCAGUCGACCACGUCGUCGUCGGGUACCUCGCCCGUCGCGACCACGCCCGACGUCCCCUCCGGCUGGACCAACCCCAAGUCGUGCUCGGGCGCCGUCCACGACCACCCCAAGACGUGCCUGGGCUCGCAGGUAUUCAAGGGCCCCUUCGACGUGUCGCUGUGCGCCAAGUACGCCGACGCGCAGAACGCCAAGAACGUCGCCUCGGGCAAGUGGGGGAGCAGCUUCACCUCGUUCUGGAACUUCUUCGGCUACAACAGCGGCAAGUGCGACUUCUUCAACGCCUUCAUGAUCAAGCAGGACGGCGUCCCCGUCGGCACCUACUGCAAGCUGUUCACCCAGCAGUACCAGCCCGCCGCCGCCACCUACAAGGGCGGCGUCUCGGCCGGCUUCUCGUGGAGCUUCGAGUCCAGCUGGUCUUUCUGCAGCUCCAAGUAA